AUGGGCGAGAGAGCAUCAGACAGAACAUAGGGAGAGAGAGGGAGGGGGGAGGUUACAUGUAAAACAUUUAUUUCUGCUGGGUCGGGAUCUGACACACUUCAUCCACCCUGUGAAGCUGGCGGCCGCUGAGCCGAAGCUCUGAGCGAAGAUGAACCUGGCUCUGAUCCACGACCGAAUGCAUAUUAAGAAUUUCUGGGAGAAGAAGAUUAACAAUGACUGUCAGUAUGCCGAGAGCGAGGAGCAGAGGAUGAACAAGAGCGCACUGAACAAGCUGAGGCAGGAGUGGAUGGUCCGUCUGGAGAACCGCACCAAACACCUGAAGAGCCUCAACGACAACUACGUCAGGAAGAUCAAGAUGGAGAAGUCAGCUGACCAGACAUGAGUUCAGACGCCGUGUCAUCCUGAUGUCAAUAAAGUGAUCAGCUUCAUGUUGUGUGAGAUUUGAACUCGGAUGUUUUGCAUUAAAUUAUGUAGACUGAUGUGAGGAAGUUAGUGUUUGUUUGCACAAAAUAAUAAAACUAAGUGAAUAAAUGAUCCUGAAGAACCAGA